UCGUUGAAAAUGGAUGGGAAAAAGCGAAUUAGGCUGAACAGAUGUUGUAGCAGCGGUGGAGGUGGCGACGGCGGCGGCGGCGGCGGCAGCAGUAGCGGAGCGUACGACACCGUAUGGGAGUGCGUCAUCCCGUACGUGCAGGACGCGCGUGACCGGGAGGCGGUGUCGGUGGUGUGCAGGAGGUGGUACGAGAUCGACCGCAUCACGCGCAAGCACGUGACGAUAGCCCUCUGCUACACCGCCACCCCGCAGCGGCUGUCCCGGCGGUUCCCGCAGCUCGAGUCUCUGCAGCUCAAGGGCAAGCCACGCGCCUCCAUGUUCAAUCUGAUUCCUGAGGACUGGGGCGGAUUCGUCACGCCGUGGGUGGAGGAAAUUGUUAGGUCGUUUGGGAGGAUGAAGGUUCUGCACCUCCGCAGAAUGAUUGUGAAGGAUUCUGACCUUGAGCUGCUUGCUACCUCCACUGGGAAGGUUCUAGAAGUCUUGAGACUGGACAAGUGCUCCGGUUUCUCUACCGAUGGGCUUCUGCGUAUCGGGCGCUUGUGCAGGAAUUUGAGAAGUUUGUUCAUGGAAGAGUGCUCGAUAAUCGAAAAUGACGGAGAAUGGCUGCACGAGCUUGCUUUGAACAACACGAUCCUCGAAAAUUUGAACUUCUACAUGACCGAUCUCAUGAAAAUCGCAUCUGGAGACCUCGAACUGAUAGCAAGAAGAUGCCCAUCUCUGGUCUCGAUGAAAAUUAGUGAUUGUGAUAUUUCAGACCUUGUUGGGUUUUUCAGAGCAGCAACUUCGCUGGAGGAGUUUGGUGGAGGCUCUUUCAGUGAACCUCCUGGACAGGUCGGUGAAGGUGUUUUUAAUGAGCAAUUGGAAAGGUAUGCUCCCGUUGUAUUUCCACCGAAAUUGUGCCGCUUGGGUCUUACUUACUUGGGGAAAGCAGAAAUGCCGAUUGUCUAUCCUGUUGCGUCUAGGCUUACGAAACUCGAUCUCCUUUAUGCUCUGCUGGACACUGAAGGACAUUGUCUGUUACUGCAAAGAUGUCCUAACUUGGAAAUACUUGAGACAAGAAAUGUAAUUGGAGACAGAGGAUUGGAGGUACUUGCUCAAUCCUGCAAGAGCAUGAAAAGACUUAGAAUAGAGCGCGGAGCAGACGAACAAGAUAUGGAAGAUGAAGAAGGUGUGGUCUCACAGAGAGGCCUAAUCGCUCUUGCUCAAGGUUGCCUUCAACUCGAGUACCUAGCUGUCUACGUAUCCGACAUCACAAACGCAUCCUUGGAGUGCAUGGGCGCCCACUCGAAAAACCUACGCGAUUUCCGAUUGGUCCUACUCGACCGAGAGGAGAGAAUUACCGAUUUACCCCUCGACAACGGAGUUCGAUCCCUUCUAAUGGGCUGCCACAAACUCAGAAGGUUCGCGCUGUACCUACGCCCCGGUGGUUUGACCGAUGUGGGACUGGGUUACAUAGGCAAGUACAGCCCAAAUGUGAGAUGGAUGCUUCUCGGAUAUGUCGGUGAGUCUGACCAAGGUCUUCUAGAAUUUUCCAGAGGGUGCCCUAGUUUGCAGAAGCUGGAAAUGAGAGGCUGUUGUUUUAGCGAACGAGCAUUGGCUAUGGCUGCACUGCAGUUGACUGCGUUGAGGUAUUUGUGGGUGCAAGGGUAUCGGGCGUCUGGGAAUGGUCGGGAUCUGUUAACCAUGGUUAGGCCUAACUGGAACAUCGAGUUGAUACCUUCGAGACAGGUUUAUGUACAGGAUCAAGAUGGAGAGAAAAUUAUGGUGGAGCAUCCUGCGCAUAUACUGGCGUAUUAUUCGCUUGCUGGGCCAAGAACGGAUUUUCCUGCUACCGUUAAGCCUUUGGACCCCAACAAUUUUCUUGAUUUGUAAUUCAUGUGUAAGGCUUCUUCUUGUUCAUAAAUCGUGUUGUUGCCCUUCAUCGUUGUUAGCCUUCCACUUUGUUUCGGUCUGGUUUGAUGGACACUUUCGCCCUUUUGGUUCUGUAUCUACAGUUUUUCGGAGUAAUAAAGUUUUGGAGUUGUAGGAAGCAUGCAACUCUGUGGUGAGUGUGUGCUCUCUGCAGUUUCAAACAAUCAGGAAUUGUUAAAUUUGUGUAGGGUAAGAAGAAUUUUGCCAACUUGUUCUCAGCUGUGUAAAUAUUUAUUGAUUGAGUGAUUCAUUUGUUUUUGUUGCAGUGCUGGAUGCUUCUAAUCUAAUAGAGCAAAUUAAUUAGUUAUAAUUA